UGAGUCAACGGCGUCAAGACUAUUUUUAGUUAAAUCACUCUAUUAAUAGUCGGUCACGAUUAUAAGAUACAAUUAUCAGGUGCAGCUUCGUACACUGAUCAGAUAGGCAGCAGAAAUGAAGUUUAAAACGGUACGCGAGGGAGAACAAGCUGUCGUAUUCAAUCACCUAGGACAAGGAGAAUUGUUAGUGGGACCACAGAGGAUAUUCCUGUUUAGGAAGAGACUCCAGUUUUUGGAUUUAUGCACAGCUAACCAGUAUCAGUACUUGGUAGUGAAGGACAAAGAUGGUAGAGUUACGCACAGGCCAGGCCCCUGCAGCAUGUUUUGUAACCCCCUAGAGCACGAAAGUAUCUACGUGAAAGAUGGAACACAGAUAGAUGCCAACCAUGUUGUUGUAGUUUACAAGAAAAGAUCGGAUCAGGUUGUUGAGAGAAGGGUCAUAGAUGGCCCUACUGUCUUCAUGCCAGAGGCAGAAGAAUGGCUUCAUGAGUUUAAAUGGCAUGGACCAGAUUAUUCAAAUGAGGGGAGAAUGGUUCCAGGAUCUUGGACAUUCAGUCAGCUUCCUGUGAUACCUGAUCACUUUUAUUAUAAUAUUGGAGAGGUACGCACAAUAGAUGACACCAUGAUCACAGUCAAACUGAUGAUUUUCUAUGAGUUGAAGGAUAUUAUUAAAAUGCUGGAAACCACUCAUGAUCCUAUGGCAGAUAUGAUUAAUGGUGUGUGUGCAGAUGUGAUUGCCUUUGCUGGAAAACUCACCUAUGAAGAAUUUCUGAGACAGACUCAAAAGCUGAGUACAUUAGAAACUUUCCCACAGCUUCUGCAGAGGGCAGAGAGGAUUGGUUACGACAUCAACAAGGUUGUGUACAGAGGAUACCAUGCUACAAAACAGCUUCAGUCUAUGCAUGAUGAUGCCAUCCAGUCCAGAACUCAGCUGCGUAUCACGGGAGAGGUUCAUGAACAGCAACAGAGACUGAAGGAUUUUGUUCUCUCCAGGGAGCAGGCCAGAACACAACAAAAGCAGGACAUGGAAAGGUCCAAGCAGCAACACAACCAGAAACUUGAAGAACUACAACAGGAGCAUGAACUGAAGCUGACAGAGCUCAGACAUCAGGCAGAACUCCAGAAGGAAGAUAUAGAAAGCAAGGCAAGACUGGAAAUUGAAAAAGCCAAAGAUGACCAUGCAGCAAGCUACCUUAAGAAUCUGCAGGACUUGGGUGUGGAUAUGACCAGAUACUUGGUCAGUCAGCAGCCGGCCCCUAUUGACCAAGAGAUUCGGGUCAACAGGACCACUUAGCUGGGAAAAGAAGGUCCAACCUUGUGGCUAGGUUAGGCUCUACUACAGAGUUGACAGUAUCCCACAAAUCUGUGAUUUUCCAUUAUUUAUGUUGUUUGCUAUGUUGUUUUAAUUUGAGUCUUGUGAAUGUAGUUUAAAAUUCUUGCCAGUGGUCCAUUUUGUUUUUUGCCAUAAAUUUAUAUUUUUGUCUGCAGUGUGAGCAAUCCAAGUAUGACAACUUAUAUAUGUGAAAAUUAUAUAUGCAAAGGAGGACUCUGAGUUUAUGCAUAGAGGCAAAGUGAUCUACAACAACAGAGACACCCAUUUAUGGGACACCACAGUAUGGGGCAGAACUUUCAGUGCACUUUGACCUUAAAUAAAUCAAUGUCAACUUUUCUGAGAAUGUUGGCCAAUUUCACAAAAAUAAAAAAUGACAUCAAGAGUUUCUCCAUUCAGAGG